AAUCAGAGUUUGUGGCAACAACUCAAUUUUUAUGUUUCCAAUGUUCUCCGUUAAUAUCAAAGAUACUAGAUAGGUAUCCUUGAAACAUUAAUCUGAUCAAAAAUACUUUUCAAAAUCAAGAAAUGCGCAAGCCACUUUAAGAGAAUAUCCGCAAAUGAAAAUGAACAGUUUGAUCGGGCGUUGGUUCUUGGAUGGAACUGUCCACAAAAAAUUGUGCGUACAUUCCCUUUAAUUUUUUUUUGGGAUUACUUCUAGUUUUCGGAAUUUUGUUUUUAUUAUUCCUAGAUUUUCUUUUCAAAUUUAAACAUAUUUUAGAAUGAAUUUACUUGUUUGUUUUGGUGUGGCACUUUGUCUAGAGGCUAUCAAGAGCCAAGAAUUUGAUUACGGGGAAGAGUAUGAUUACGUAGAAGAGGAAGAGGAAGGAUUUCCAAUGGAUGAAAAUGCCCCAGCAGCUGUGGGAAUAUUUGCCUUUUUGACCUACAUAGCCGUGGAUAAUCUGAGUAGACUAGUCCACCUCUUGACAAGAAAACCUAUUCCUGAGUAUAAAGACUGUGGAAGACGAAACCCAAAGAUUGAGGAAUUUGAGACCAAUAACGCUGAUGCCCUUGAUAUAGUUCGUACUCUGGAGGACAAUUUCUGUACAGAUAAGUGCUUCUUUAGAGACACCAGCCUCAGAUACGACUAUUCAUUCGACACGGUUGCUUUUGGAAAUCAAACCAGGGUCCGCGUUCUCAUUCAGCCAAACAGAAAAUGCGGUAAUAUCCAUCUACUUGCAAAGGAAUUCCUGUUCUUGCCAUUGAAAAAGGCUUCUUGCACUUACCUGUUUUCAGUGAAAGUGAAAUUCUGUGCAAUCCAAUUGCGAAAAUGUAAGCAAACAUUGGCGCAAUUCUCCCAACUGCAUUCUGACUGGAAAAAUCAAAAUUUUUUUUCAGAUGAUUUCAGAACUUUCUGUAAUGCGCAAAACAACAGCCAACUAGACUGCUUAAUCCUUGAUGGUGCAGUUCCUGUGGAAAACAACCAGACAAGUGCAAGCCGUGUACAGGACAUGUUUUUUACACCAACAACGGAAGAGGAAGUUGUAAUGUCAUAUUGCUUUGCUGAAAUUUUUGGAGACACAACACUCAGAGGCAUUUCUCCAGAUGUAGCAAGUGUUACAGAACAAUUGUUCACCAAAUCAACAUUCUGUAAAAAUCUUUGUAAGUAUAAAUAACAGUGGGUGUCACAAGAGAUUUUGUGAACAAACAAAACUUUUGAGAAUGAACAAAAAAUUGUUUAAUGACCUUUAUGAUGAUAUUGAAAUGUAUUUCUUAUAAGACACAAUAAUUUGAAUUAUUAAAGGCUCAUAUGGUAGGGCUGGACACGUUCCAACUUUUUCUUCCCGUUUCGUUAAUGGUUAGUUCCAACCAUUAAAAAAGAAAAUUUCAGGUAGACGUUGGUUUUAAAGAUAAGAACGGAACGUUAUUUUUGUUAAUGGUAUUUUCAGGGUUUUAAGUAACCGUUAGUUAACGGUCUCAUUUUUAUUAGCAACGUUAGCAGAAGUAAUUUUCAAUUAACAAUAUUAUCAAAAAAAUCGUUAACGGUUUAUCAAAUCGUUAACACAUAUAAAGAAUAGUUUUAAACAAAUGAUUGCUUUAUAUUUAUUUUAAAUGAUAAAAAUAACUUUGAUUCUUCAGAGCUUG